AUGGAACUCGUCACACUAUUCGCGGUUUUGUUGGCUAUCGUAACUGCCUCCUUGUUGGUACAUCGCCGUCACUCUUCGAAGUAUUCUGGUUUGCCUUUACCACCCAGUCCUUCGGCCAGCAUUCCCUGGAUUCGUCAUGCGUUUCAGAUACCCACAGAACGCCCGUGGCUAACCUACAAAUCAUGGAGCGAUAUAUACGGCGAUAUUCUCUCCUUCGAGGCGUUCGGAAAACGAUAUGUCAUCCUUGGAUCGCUCAAAGCCACUAUGGACCUUCUGGAAAGACGAUCUUCCAACUAUUCCGACCGACCCGAAGUCCCGAUGCUCAACGACCUGUCAGGAUGGGACUUCCAAUUUGGAUUUCAGAAGUAUGGCACCCGCUGGAGGACGGAACGAAGGCUCUUCCAUCAGUUUAUGAAUGUCAACCAAGUGGCGCAAUAUCGCCCUAAACAGCUACAACAUGCGCGUGCGCUAGCAAAUCACCUACUCGAGCAUCCUGAUCAGUGGCAAGGACACUGCAGGCUGAUGCUUGGUGUCACUAUAAUGGAUGCUCUCUAUGGCAUUCAAGUUACUGAGCGUGAUGACAAGUACAUCCGGAAGGCUGAGGUAGCAUUCGAGGCAUUCAACGAAAGUGCUCAACCAACAGCUUACCUGGUCAAUACCUUCCCAUGGCUAAAAUAUGUGCCUUCGUGGUUCCCUGGGGCACAUUUCAAGCGCCAGGCGGCCGCGUGGAAGAAGGUCGUCGAUGAAUUCGUCAACUGGCCAUUUCAACACGUCAAAGAAGCAACAAGAAAUGGAAGCUCGAGGCCUUGUGUUGCUCUGUCGUUAUUGGACAAAGUUGCGGACCAGCCGGAGGUAGAUAUCCAGACGCAAGAGACCACAAUCAAGAAUUGCUGCAUGAUAGAAUCGCAAUCGAGCUCAUGUUUCCACAAGACCGUCUCUGCAUUGAGCACAUUCUUCCUGGCAAUGGCCAUGCAUCCAGAAAUAGUCCGCAUCGCGUGGAAGGAACUUGACAGUGUGCUUGAUGGGCAGAGGCUUCCUGCAUUUAAUGAUCAAGAGCGUCUUCCAUACAUCACCGCGAUAUGCAAGGAAGUCAUGCGUUGGCAAACACCAAGCCCGCUCGCCGCUGUUCAUAGCUCCAUCGCGGACGACGUAUACGAGGGGUAUUUCUUGCCCAAAGGCACCAUGUUCUUCGGGAAUGCAUGGGCCAUCCUCCACGAUCCGGAAGUGUAUCCAGAACCUCACGAAUUCAAACCGGAGCGCUUUCUGAAGGAUGGGAAACUGGACCCCACGAUUCAGGACCCCAACGUCGCCGCCUUUGGCUUCGGUCGAAGGAUCUGCCCAGGACGGUGGUUCAGCGGACAGGCGCUAUUCAUUACAGUGGCGACUGUAUUGGCUGUGUUUGAUAUCAAAGCUCCAGUCGACGAGGCAGGUCACCCGAAGAAGCUGAAAGCAAGUAUGACAACCGGUGUAAUCUCAUAUCCGGAACCAUUCGAGUGUGAUGUGGUACCGCGCUCAGAGAGCGCGAAAAAGCUCAUCCGGGAAGGGAUCAACGAUACGGAUUAA